AAUCAUACAAAUAAGUGAAACAACCAGAUAACAAAUGGAGUGGCAGAAAGCCCAGUCAUUGAUAGAUAACUAAAUCUGAACAGAAUGGGAGAAUAAAAGGUCUUCAUUGGAUGUCUGUGUCAAGCAAGUCUUUGAGUGCAAGGAUGCUCCCAAGUUGGUGUGCAACCACCGAAAAGUUCUUGUCUGCAUUUAGCACCUGCCUUAUCUCUAAUGAUGGAGGGACCCUCAGAAUGGCUCCUGGGGCAGACCUUAAUAUCCAGGUGAGUUCUUGUGAGAGAAGGAGGACCUUAAGGCAUUGUGAUCUCAAGCCACUUAGGCUGGAAUCCUAUACACACCAGGAAGUAAGGUUUACAUGUGAGCAGAAACCGGUGAGCAGAAACCAGUUCUGCUUGUACUUUAAAAGUUGAGACCAGCAUGCCAUGAACUGGUAUCUUUUUAGAGCAGGUUGCACAUCCCUCUGACUCCAGUAGGCAGGGCUAUGCGUAUCAGACUUGCGCACACACAAUGUGUUAGGAAGAAGCCUCUUCCCAUUUCAGUUCUGGCUUGCUCUAAAGAACGGGAGUUUUAAUGGAGCUCUGCCAUUUUCUGGCCAAAUUUCCUUUCCCAUCUCUCCUGGGUGAGUACGAUAGGGGAAAAAAGGAGUGCUGUCUUCUCUCAGUGGACCAGCACAUCAAAUGACACUGUACUGUUCUUUUGCAAAUAAACUGAAAUCCGGAGGACCACUGCUUCCCCAUCCCUGUGCUAGAUAAAGGGAUCCUAGUUCAGAGAAGAGUUUGGUCAGAUGGUUCUCUCUCUCGUCCAUCUGGAGGAACCUGCCUUGCCGUUUCCCAGAAAAUGAUACUUAUCAGCAGGAAGUAAUGAGGCUGAAAAUAAACAAUCCCUACGUGAGUGAAGAGGAGCAGGACUUUGCUGUGAUAGGAGAUCUGCCUCCAGUUCUUUGGACUGUGCUGUUAAUUGAUAACUUUCCAUUGCCUGGCCUGAGGCAUGAGUGGACCCGACCAAGAAGGAAAUUCCUGCGACUCAUGAGGAGCAGGACAGAAUUCGAUACUGCUAGUGCCGGAGAGAUGCGAGAAGUCAGGAUUUCACUUGGAGCUGGCGACAGAGGUUUGGAGAAUCCAGCGUUAGAGCUCACGGAAGCAGACAGAAAUCCGCAGGUGGCAGAGAACCCUUGGCCUUCUGAGAUCAGGGAAGGCAAUGAUGCGCAUGAUACUUCUUUCCAGAGGAUCAAGAAUGCAGCAGCUGAGCCUUUCUCUAAGGCAAGGUGCUUUUGCAAGGCUCAUGCCAAGAUACUACGGAAGAUCUUCUUGGGCAUCCUGUAUGCAGGCUAUGUGGCCUACUUCAUUGCAGCCUGUUGGCUGGACUUUGACCGAGCCUUGGCUUUGGUCGUUUUGACUGCCCUGGUGAUUUGUUUCAUGAUCUAUAGCAUGGUCAAGAAAUUCUGGGGUUCCAAGAUUGUCCAGAUGUUCAGCCCUUUCCGAAAAUGCUGCCGGAGCGUCUGGCCAUGGCUGAAAUGGGUGCUGUGUGCAAUCAUUUUGAUCGGCCUGGUAGUGUGGCUGGUUCUCGACAUGUCCCAGAGGCGAGAGCAGUUGGUGUCACUGGGUGGCUUCGCUGCGCUGGUGCUGGUGCUCUUUGUCUGCUCCAAACACCAUGGAGCUGUGCCGUGGAGAGCUGUGUUGUGGGGGCUUGGCCUGCAGUUUAUCCUUGGAGUGUUCAUCAUGCGGACAGAACCUGGAUUUCAGGCUUUCCAGUGGCUUGGUACUCAGAUUCAGACAUUCCUGAACUACACCACAGCUGGUUCCAGCUUUGUCUUUGGAGACAAAUUGAUCCAAGAGGCAUUCGCCUUUCAGGCUUUGCCCAUCAUUGUCUUCUUCAGCUGUGUGAUGUCCAUUCUCUACUACCUGGGAGUCAUGCAGUUCAUAAUCCUGAAGUUGUCCUGGCUCCUGCAGAUCACCAUGGGCACAACAGCCACAGAAUCUCUGAGUGUGGUGGGGAACGUGUUUGUAGGAAUGACAGAAGCGCCACUGCUCAUCCGUCCCUACCUGCUGGAGAUGACACGGUCAGAGGUUCAUGCUGUGAUGACUGGUGGCUUUGCCACCAUUGCCGGCAGCGUGAUGGGAGCUUACAUUUCGUUUGGGAUUGAUGCCUCAUCCUUGCUUGCUGCUUCAGUAAUGGCAGCACCUUGUGCUUUGGCUAUGGCUAAGCUUGUCUACCCAGAAGUGGAAGAAUCUAAGUUCCGGAACCAGGAGGGAGUGAAAAUUGCCUGUGGGGAGGAGAAAACUGUCCUGGAAGCUGCCAGCAAUGGAGCAGCCGCCUCUGUGGGGCUGGUGGCCAACAUCGCGGCCAACCUGAUAGCAUUCCUGGCUGUACUGGCGUUCAACAAUGCUGCCCUCGCUUGGCUGGGAGGCAUGGUCAAUCUGCCAGAACUCUCCUUCCAGUUGAUCUGUUCCUAUGUCCUGGUGCCGGUAGCGUUCUUGUUGGGAGCAAGCUGGGAGGAUGCCCCGGUGGUAGCUGAGCUUCUAGGAAUCAAGAUAUUCUUAAAUGAGUUUGUGGCUUAUCAACAGCUCUCAGGCUACAAAGAGAAACGAUUGAAAGGACUACCAGAGUGGGACGGGACACACAAGCAGUGGAUUUCGGAGAGAGCUGAAAUCAUAACAACCUUUGCUCUUUGUGGAUUUGCCAAUCUGAGCUCCAUUGGGAUCAUGUUGGGAGGCUUGACUUCCAUGGCACCACAACGCAAGGGUGAAUUUUCCAGCAUCGUUCCCCGGGCUUUGUUCACUGGAGCCUGUGUGUCCCUGAUCAACGCAUGCCUUGCAGGUAUCCUUUAUGUGCCCAGAGGAGGGGUGACUGACUGCCUAGACUUCUUCAGCAAAACCAACCUAAACUCUACCAGCUACCCAGUCUAUAUUUGCUGCCAAGACUUGUUCACCUGCACCUCAACUGCAACAAAUGGUUCCCUUUCUUUCUCCGGCAUUUGGGAAAGCUUGGAUGUUGGGACUUCGGAGAUGUAUCUGCAACAGUGCUGUGCUCACUAUAAUGCCACAGCCUGUUCCAAGCCAUAACGGCUCAGGAGCACAGCGCAAAAGAGGGUCUUGCCUGGA